AUGUCGGAUUCUGAAAAACUGAAACAAAACUGGCAAAUGUCAGCAAAAAAGAAGAGAUAUAGACGCAAGAAGAAAAAUGCUAACCUGAAUCCAAAUCAUAUUAGACCACCAUUACUUACAAACCCGAAUCCAGCAGCAACUUUAGAGGGAUUAAAAACUAUUGCAAAUCUAAUACAAAAAAUUAAUCAACAGUCAUUAAAUCAAAUUAGACCAGGACAAGAUCCAAAGCCGCUAGUUUCAGGUCCCCGCCUCAGCAGACCAAAUAGAUUUCCUACACCAAAUUUAACUUGGACAAGAUCUCAAGUGAGCACUGAACCAACUGCAACUCAAAAUAAACCUUCUGAAGAUAUAGAUGGGCAAAAGAUAGAGACAGAAAACUCACAAAAACAAGUUGAAAAUUCACAAAGUAAAGAUCAAUUACCUGAAGAAAGUACUGCAAAAGAUGGUUCUAAUAUACCAAAGCCAAGUAUUCAAAAAGAAGCAUUUAAUACAACUACUCAAAAGUCUCUUUCUAAAAAGGAUGUCAUGAAACAGAAUAUUCAUAUGAGACAAACAAAUUCACAGUUUGAUGAUUUUGAAAUAUAUAGCAGUCCAUCGUUUAUUAAUUUUGAUGAUUCCGAUGAGGUGGUUGAGCUAAAUGACGAUAAUCUUUUUAAUAUUCAACCAAAUAGUGAUAAAACAAGUGGUAGCAAAAAAAACCUGAUUAAUCCAAACACACAAAUGAACUUUCAAAAGAAGCUACAACAGCAAUAUGCUAAGAAAAUGGAAUCAAAAAUUCAGGAAAACGCAUCCACAAAUGAACCUAAAAUUGAACCAGAAAUUACAAAAAAAUCAAAUCAAGAGCUUAUCGAAGGGGUCUCCGCAGACAUAAAAACAGUUGUUAAGGACAAUAUAAGUAAUGCAUAUAAAUGGACAAAGCCAAGAAGAACUGGGCAGUUAGAUGAAGUUAUAGAACGGGAACGAAUACCGAGAGGUAUACCAAGAUCAUUUUUGCUACAACAAAACAAUGUUGGUGCCAUAAAACCUCAAAGUAAUUCCCAAGGUAAUGCCAGUUCCUCACAUGAGCUAACCAAUCAGCCCAAUCUGGUAUCACCAGAGCCAAAGCUUCAGACGUCUGUUCAGACAAAUGUAGAAACAGUUCAACCUCAAGCCUACUCUCCUACGGACAUUUAUGAAGAGAUACAGGAUAAUGAAGAAGUGCGCGAAGGUACAGAAUCGCCCGAUGCCUUGGAACCUGGUCAGAAGCGUGUCAGUGCUUUCCAGCGACUGGGGCCGUUGGCUCAGACCAAGAAACCGAAACUCACUAUCAAUUUAUCUUUGAACAAAGAUGAAUCUGUAAGGGAAGUAGUAGAUGAAACAAAUAUUAACAUUCCAGUUCAUGAGAGAGAGUACAUAAUCAAUAGUACCAAUGAGAUUGUUGUAAAAUAUCUCCCAUACUGGCCUUGGAAGAAACAUUUGUCGAUAAGAAAAAGAGUGACCGCUCGAAGUUCUAAGACUGUGAUGAUGAUGGAAAAAGAACAAAUGGAAGAAAUAUACGAGAAAGACAAUUUAUUUAUUAUGAUAUCGGUAACUGGAUACCCGACAUCUUGGACUAAAGAAGAUGUAUUGGACGUGAUAAUGGAGUAUUUGAAAGGAAAAUCUUUUAUACCGUGUUUUAUAGAGUUCACAACAAAGGAGUGUAAGUUCUUCGUAUUACGUUCCCGUAGCGCUUUACUAGCCAUACAUUGGUGCGGAUUCUGUAUACGGAAAGAUGAUAUAGAGCUGUAUCUAACAAUAUCGUAUACAGCUUUCACGGUGAAACACGUCGAUUUUAUCCCGAGACUUGUCUUGAGAAAAUUGCUUAGUCUGCGAUAUGAUGAAGGGAAACUGGAUUUGAGCGAGUUUACUCUGAAGAAAGAUAUCAGCCACUUCAUAUACUACCCACUACACAGUGUGUUCAAUCAGGCCGAGCUGUUGGAGAUUCAAAGUAACAUUGCAUGGGACCAAAUUACUGAGCUUGAUCUAUCUAAUAAUAAAAUAACAUCACUGGAAAAUUUCAAUCUAAACGAAACGGUGCCUAAAUUAAGAGUGUUGAAUUUAUCAAACAAUUGCUUAGACAGUGUACUCCUACUGAUGUCAAACAGAUAUCUGCCGGUACAAAAAUUAUAUCUACAGGGGAAUCCCCUUUGUUUGGAUUACAUAGAUUCAGAUCAUUACAUGAAAGUUGUUAAGAAAAUGUUUUCCACUUUGAAGGAACUGGAUGGAGUGCCAAUACCCCUUAAAGGCGAAUUUCCCAGUUUCAAAAGAAAUUACUGUUUGGAAGAUGCUCAUGGAAUAACGUCGAAGUUUCUAGAAGUUUUCUUCCCAUUGUUAGAAUGUGAAGCCGAUGAUAGGGAAGUGAAAGAAAUGUACCAUAAAAAUGCCGUCAUGACCAUCACUGGAAAAAAUAAUUUCCGUUACAACACAAAUAAAUACACUCGAAAUCUCCUAAUAAAGAGUCAAACGAUUCUCGAAGGAAAUUUUGAUAGAGUCGAGGGAGCGGCUAAUAUAGAAAAAUUAGUUAGAAAAUGGCCGAAUUUUCUACACGACCCAACCACCUUUACAGUUGAUGUUAUGUUUCAUAAUGACACAUCGACAUUCAUUAAAAUAACAGGUAUAUUAAAAAUAACAACUGACACGUUAGCAGACGACGAGCCUCUAGUAGCAUUUUCUAGAACCAUCCAUUUGAAAACUAAAAAUGGCUGCGAAUACAAAAUAUACAAUGAAAUGAUAUAUUGGGAUGAACCGUCGAAGGAAUAUGCUAAUUCGGCAUUUAAAAUUUUAGCGCUCGAUGGUAUCAAA